UCUCCUCUUGACAUAGCCCUGACUCACCGCGAGAGAAAUUCUGUACUGCCUUCUUAAAAGAUUCCGCACUGUUUAAUUCGCGCAUACACACAUUCCUCUGACGUUUAGCCCAGUGUACACACACCGCUGGCGUGACCAGAAAAAGCAGCUCGGUUACAUUGAGACAGGGCACCAGGCAAGAUAUCCGAGCGAAAAAGACACAAAAUAUACAUUUGCACUACUCCGAGGAGAGGACACUCCUGCCAACAUGCCACUCUUUGGUAAGUCCCACAAGAGUCCCACUGACAUUGUGAAAACUCUAAAGGACAACCUGGGCAUCCUGGUCAAGCAGGACAAGAAGACAGACAAGGCAUCAGAAGAGGUGUCCAAAUGUUUGGUGGCCAUGAAGGAAAUCCUGUACGGCACCAACGACAAAGAGCCGCACACGGAGACGGUGGCCCAGCUGGCUCAAGAGCUGUACAACAGCGGACUGCUCAUCUCACUGGUGGAGAACCUGCAAGUCAUCGACUUUGAAGGGAAGAAGGAUGUGUGCCAGAUCUUCAACAACAUCCUGCGAAGGCAGAUUGGCACUCGCAGUCCCACUGUGGAGUACUUUUGCUCCCACCAGGAGGUGCUGUUCAUCCUGCUCAAAGGGUACGAGACGCCUCAGGUGGCCCUGAACUGUGGGAUCAUGCUGCGGGAGUGCAUUCGUCACGAGCCGCUGGCCAAGGUCGUCCUCCACUCUGAGCACUUCCACGACUUCUUCAACUAUGUGGAGAUGUCCACAUUUGACAUUGCCUCAGACGCCUUCGCCACCUUCAAGGACCUGCUCACAAGGCACAAGGUGUUGGUGGCCGAGUUUUUAGAACAGAACUACGAUACUGUGUUUGCAGACUAUGAGAAGCUGCUGCACUCUGAGAAUUACGUGACCAAGAGGCAGUCACUAAAGCUGUUGGGAGAGCUUCUGUUGGACAGACACAACUUCACAGUGAUGACGCGUUACAUCAGCAAACCGGAGAACCUGAAGCUGAUGAUGAAUCUCCUCAGAGACAAGAGCCCCAACAUCCAGUUUGAGGCCUUCCACGUGUUCAAGGUGUUUGUUGCCAACCCCAACAAGACGCAGCCUAUUGUAGAUAUUCUCUUAAAGAACCAGACGAAGCUCAUUGACUUCCUGAGCAACUUCCAGAAGGACCGCACAGAUGACGAGCAGUUCAACGACGAGAAGACCUACCUGAUCAAACAGAUACGAGACCUGAAGAAACCCGCCUCCUAAAGCUUAGCCUAGCAAUGAUGUCAACCUCCACUUUUUACUGAGCAAAACAAAACAUACAAAUAUAUUAACAAUAAUAAUAAUAAUAUUAAUAACUCUAUUUAAAAUCUUGAAAAAAAACAUGUCUUUUUUCUUAGUUACUUAUCAAGCUUGCAAAAAGUCUAGUCCUCAAUCACAGAUGGUGUCAUAAUUCCUUUCAUGAAAGUACAUCCUUUUCCUCCUUAGUUUUGUGCCACAAUAGGAUGUUUUUGGAAAACUGUAAGGGGUGACUGGUUGAUUUUCCAGCUGGAGAGGGGGGAACCAAAGGGUUACAGCAUCCUGUUCCCGGGGGAAGAGCCAAGGGGAUGGACCGUAAGAGGAUGUCCUAUUACUGUGUCUGAGGUUAUCAGCAGCUCUGCUCCUAGGCCAGCCAUCUCUCACCUGUAGCACUCCUGAAGUCUGAGCUCUUCCCAAAGGCCCAGCUGGAAUGACCCAGAGUGGUCUGUCUUGUACAGUACAUUUGUAGAGGACCCAGAUAUUGUAGUUAGUUAACACGUAGGAACGGGAGGUUGCCCUCUCCACUUAUUUAUACAGCUUUGCGCUCUUUCUUUCUCACUCUUUCUCUCUCUCUCUCUCUCUGUUUCUGUCUUGUCUUGCUUUUGAGUUUGAGAGCUCACUUUUCCUAACUGCAUUCCUCCUCACGAUGUCUUCGGAUUUGUUUUCUUUCCACGUGUCACAGUAUUUGAAAGCUGCAGGCCUUUUGAUAAAAGCUUGGGUUUGAUCAAACACCAAAGGAUCACUGGCUGUCCCCAAGAGUUCAGAGAAGUCCGUGGGCUUCAGGCGCGAGUCCAAAAACUAUUAACCGUAAACAGGAAGGCGAAAAUGUGAAAUCUGUAAUAAUAUUUUAAUCAAGGUUUGUUUGAAAUAAUUAUUAAUCAGUAGGUUUGACUGAGAACUAGUGUUUUUAAUUUUUGAUCAUUAGUUCUUGAAUAUGAAAUGGGCAAUACUGCCAAUAUCUUGGUGUUUGUAGGAUUCAGUGCAACAUUUAUCGCUGUACAUUUUUAAAACUUUGUUUUGAAGUUCACUUUUUUUGUUAAACAGGGCUGUAUCUCAUAUUUUUUUUAUUGCCGUGGCUACCUGUUGGGUGUCCACCAGCUGCGUUUUUGUUGCCAUGGUCACUUGUCAGGGGUCCAUCUGCUGGCUUGUACGCUCUUGAGGGCUGGUGCCAUGAAAAGUGCACUACAAAGAUCUGAAGCACUUCCGGAAGUUUCUUUCUUCUGUUGCUGUGAGCGCGAGGGGGGGUGUUUUCAUGGCAGGCGUGUCUCACCAGUAGCCAUUAGUGAGCUUGUUUUUCUUUGAUCUCAUCCCGAUGUGCGUAGUGAAAGAUGAGAUGCGGCGUUAACUCCGAGGGUUGCUGAAAACACAUCAAAAGUUGAGGACACAGACGUUAAAACAGGUGCCUUUUGUUUUUGUGUGCUUCUUGUCCAGCUCAUUAUUUUGUAUUUAAAAAAAAAAAAAAUCAAGGGGGAGCUUAAUUCUCAUUAUUUUAUUAUUUUUAAAAUAUGGUCUGAUGGAACAUAUUUGUCUUAAUUAAGCAAUGAACCUCUUUAACUCACUAUAUUUGAGUUCUACUGUUGAUGAAGUACUUUACUUUCUCUUCUGUAAUUGCUGCAGUUUUUUGAUUGAGCUCAGCGGAGUAGGACUUGGAUUGAUCCUGUAGGGUAGGAGUCGAGGAGCUGUCCAACUUCUCGCCACGAUGAAAUUUGACUUGCCAAUGGUAGGGAAGGGGUGUGGGUGUGACGGGUUUUGUAUUACAGUGAACCAUACUCACAUGACCCAAUACGAAUUUGGAUUUAAGAAUAACUCUGAAGGUUGGUCUCUGGAUGAAGGAGUGGCAUCUGGUGGAUCUGUGGUGGUGAUGUGGAAACCUUUCCACAGUGUUCUGAAACCAGCUUGUUUUAACAUGCAGCCACUGUUUUGAUUGCCAAAUAUUUACCUUGAUAAAAAAAAAAUAUAUUUUGUUGGCAAAUACUGCUAUUGUAUUUACCAAGUUAUCACUUUCUUUGCAUAAUUUAUUGGCAUUCCACAGUCAGGAUGGUUCAGGUCCCUCAGUAUUGUACUGCUUGGUUUGAAAAAGGGUGAUGGGGGCUCACACUACCUUAGUCUGAGCCAGGAACAAGUGAAUUUAUUUUUUAUUUUUCUGACAAAAAAAAAAGUUCAACUAUGAGAACAAAAACCAAAAGUAAUCAGUUCAGAAUCUCCCAUAUCUACAAUGGAACUUCAUUUCAAGAUCACAUGGUUGCAUUUGUUUCCACUUUGAAAGAAAUUGUAAAACAUCACCAAUAAAGGAAACCCAAUGCAUCAAA